AUGGCCUCCGCCGAUUCCCUGACGGCCUCCGUCCAGGCCUUGACCCUGCAGUCCACCACCAAGACCUCCAAGUUCGCAGGAUGCUUCCCGUCGCUGAACCCGAUGGACAUCUACCGUGAGCACAUUGCGGAGGAAUUGGGUAAGGCCGCUGGUAUCGACCCCGAGUUGAUCUUCUCUCGCCUUGCAUGGACCAACACUUUGGACAAGGGUGACCUGUCCCUGCCGGUCGCCGCCCUCCGUAUCAAGAAGAAGCCCGACGAGCUCGCCGCGGAGCUGGCCUCCAAAUUCCCCGAGUCCGACCUCAUCCACCCUCCUACUGCCUUCGGCCCUCACCUGCAGUUCUUCUGCAAGGCCGGCCCUCUGUCCAACACCGUUCUGGGCCGUGUGCUCACCGAGAAGGCCGCCUUUGGUACCAAUGGCAACAUGGGCCUUAAGGAUCCCUCCGACCCUUCCAAGGGCCAAAAGAAGAUUAUCAUCGAGUUCUCCUCACCCAACAUCGCCAAGCCCUUCCACGCCGGACAUCUACGGUCAACGAUUAUCGGUGGUUUCCUUGCCAACCUUUACACUGUUAUGGGAUGGGAUGUCACCAAGAUGAACUACCUCGGUGAUUGGGGCAAGCAGUACGGUCUGUUGGCCAACGGCUUCAAGUAUUUCGGAAACGAGGAGGCUCUCACAAAGGACCCUAUCAACCACUUGUUCGAUGUGUACGUCAAGGUUAACCGCAUUGUCGGUGACCAGGAGGGCCCCAUCAAGGAGCUGAAGGAGCAGAUCAAGACUAAGAAGGAGAAGGGCGAGGAUUUCUCCUCGGAGGAGGCUGAGCUCGCCAAGCUCGUGGAUGCCAGCGAGGACGAGAAGGCCCGUCGGUACUUCAAGUCUAUGGAAGAUGGUGACCCGGAUGCCCUUGCUCUCUGGGCCCGCUUCCGUGAUCUCAGUAUUGCCAAAUACAAGCAGACCUACGCCCGCCUGAACAUUGACUUUGACGUCUAUUCUGGCGAAUCCCAGGUCAAGGCCGAGAGCAUGGCCACUGCUUUCAAGGCUAUGGAGAAGGCUGGUGUCACCGAGGAGUCCGAGGGUGCUAUUAUUGCCGACUUCACCAAGCACGGUGCUAAGAAGCUGGGCAAGGCUAUCAUUGUGCGCAAGGACGGCACCCCUCUGUACCUGACCCGUGACAUUGGUGCCAUCUUGGAGCGUGACGAGAAGUACCACUUCGAUAAGAUGAUCUACGUUGUGGCUGCCCAACAGGAUCUCCACUUGGCCCAGCUCUUCAAGGUCACCGAGCUGAUGGGUAACAAGGAUCUGGCCAGCCGCUGCCAGCACAUCAACUUCGGUAUGGUCCACGGUAUGAGCACCCGUAAGGGUACUGUCAAGUUCUUGGAUGACAUUCUGCGGGAUGUCGGUGACAAGAUGCACGAGGUUAUGAAGAAGAACGAGACCAAGUACUCACAGGUUGAGAACCCCGAGGAGACUGCCGACACUCUAGGUAUCACCUCCGUCAUGGUCCAGGAUAUGACUGGCAAGCGUGUCAAUGGUUACGACUUCAACCUUGACGCUAUGACCUCGUUCGAGGGUGACACCGGUCCCUACCUGCAAUACGCCCACGCUCGUCUCUGCUCCAUGGCCCGCAAGUCAGAGCUCAACAUCGACGAGCUGAACAGCGCCGACUUCUCCCUCCUUACCGAGCGCCACGCAGUCGACCUUGUCCGUCUCCUUGCCUCGUGGCCCGACGUUCUUAUCAACACCUCCAAGACCCUGGAGCCCGUUACCGUGCUGAGCUACCUGUUCCGCAUGACGCACAUGCUGAGCUCCAGCUACGAUGUCCUCAAGGUCAUUGGCAGCGAGCCCGAGCUGAAGAAGGCUCGUAUGGCUCUCUACGCUGCUGCCCGACAGGUCCUGAACAACGGUAUGCGGGUUCUAGGUCUCAACCCCGUGGAGCGGAUGUAA